UUUGUGCACUACAUAACAAACAAUUCAAAUGAAACCGCUGGAUAAUGACAAGAUUGCAAUACGUCUUGUCAGUCUGCUAUGGUAAGUGGUGUUUUGCACAGCUGAUCUUCACAGCGCAUGUUGUUGUCUUGCUUCUUUACAUGCAGUGCUACUUCUCAUCUCAAUCUAGACUAGAUUACAAAUUAGACAACAAAAGCUACAGCGUCAUUGUCAUGAUCUAAAUAAACGAGCUCUGUAGUUCAAGCAGGGAAUGAACAGCGUUUUCUUUGUUUGUGUGUCACUCGUUCUCGUCGUGUCGUUUACCUCUGUGAGAGCCGUUCGAUGUAACAACGAGACGGACUGCCGAGAAGAUCAAUGCUGUCUUUUCAAGACGAUCAACAGCACAACAGGCAAAUGCAAAAGGUUGAGACGAGAACGUCAAAGCUGUGCCAUACCCGACGACGACGGCGUAUCGAUUAGCAGAUGUCCAUGUCUAGGCAACCUGACGUGCCAAACCAACACAUCAAACAAUACUCGUUCCGGCGAAGAUCGUGAUCGUCCUGCAGGCGGUCGCGAGGAAGAUCGCGAACCGCGUCCUAAAAAACCAAAAGGUCGUGACCGUCCUACUCGACGUCCAAAGAAAGAAAAGAGUGACCGUGAUCGUCCUGAAAAAACCCGUAAGAAGGACCGUCCUGCAAAACGUCCGAAACAAGGUCGUCAGCCUGAGCGACGAGACAAAGGACGGUGCAUGAGUGCUUGA